ACUGCCUUAUUACCUGAUAGAGACAGCAAAUCGCAAAAUCUAGUAAUUGAAGAUGUGUUGAAAAGUUUAAAGAAAAAAUCAAUAAUAAAUAAGUUUAAUAUGGAAAGCGUAUAUCGAAUGUUUGGUGUGACUUUUUUCCCUUUGAGUGAUUCAACUUUAUCAAAAUUGUCAAUUGACUCUUCAACUCAAGAUUCCAAAGCCGAUGAAUCACUACUAGGCAUUCGGUUUGAUUUCUUUAACCCCAAGAAAAAUCAAUUCGAGAUCCCCCAUUAUAUCAUACUAAAGAAAAACCCCAAAAAUGGAAUAUAUUUUAUUUAUAAACACACAAUACCAAUUUUUAUCAAUCUA